AUGAAAUCUCAUGGAUGGAAUUCAGUGGACGCAGCUGCUGUAUCAGCGUCCAUAAUGUGCUGUUCUGUUCAGAAGCAACCCAUAAAUAGCAGGGCUGCCCGCGCCGGCCGGCAGAGCGGAACCACACGGCUUGGCACAAUGACUGAGCAGCAAAGUCCCCCCGAGCAGAUGGCGACUGGGGAGGGUGCUGGCGAGCGAGGUGGCAUUUACAAGAUCACGAUCUACGAGCUGGAGAAUUUCCAGGGGAAGAAGUGUGAGCUGACGGAGGAACUCCCCAACAUCGCCGAGAAAGAGCUGGAGAAGGUGGGCUCCAUCCAGGUGGAGUCUGGCCCGUAA